AUGGGAGGCGUCUGCGGUACCCAAGCCAACAGAUACGUGGAGGUCCGCAGAGUGUUCGAGGGAAGUCUGUUUCUCCAGCUCAUCGGCGCAGACAGCACGCAAACCAUUAUCCAGCACGAGCAACAGCUCGCCGUGAUUUUUGACGGCUGCGUGAGUCUUUUCGACGCAAACGGCAAAAAUUCGCUCAACAUUCGCGCGCUCAUGCCUCUCGGACGCAAGGUGAUCCUCACUUCGGAGGUAUUUCUCUUCUGGAAAUCUGACAGGGAAAUCGUCUGUCGAUACGUGACUGAGGGUGCAGGGCACGAGGUUGUCCUGCAGUCGACCAUGUGCGCUCAAGUGGAGCUGCAGAACCUAUCUCAAUAUCUGCUGCUGCCUCCCCACUCUCUGCCUGAUGUCGUAGAGAGCAAGAAAGACUCGUCGCUCAACGCGCUCACCAAUGCGGAUUUCAUCGGUCUCCUCGGUACCAUCCCGUUCUUCGCGAACUUGCCAAACGACAAGCUCUCUCUGCUGACCGAAAUGUCCACAAUCCGCGUCUACCCGAGCAACAGCGUCAUCUUCCGCGAAGACGAAGGCAUCAGCACCCAAAUGUUCGUGACUCUGGCAGGGUCAGUAGAGGUGACAAGCUCCAGAGCAGCUACCCCCUUGGCGAAGCUAGAAGCGGGGUCCUUCUUCGGAGAAAUGUCGCUCCUUAUCAACAUUCCUCGCGCAGCAACCGUCAAGGCACUUGAGAGCUGUAUGCUGAUGAGUAUCGAGAAAAAAUCCUUCCAUACACUGCUGGAUCAAUGCCCCGAUGUGAAAGUAAGCGUCAGCAAGCUUCUCAAAGAGAGAUUACUCUUGAAGGCCAUCGUGAGUGGAGUGCUGCCCUUCCUCGAGUCAAUACCCAGCGAACGAAUGAUCCGCUUCAGCCACGAGCUCGACAUCGAAGACCAGGUCCACAAAAACGACGUUGUGCUGCGACAACCAGAUGAGCACUACCCACAUGAGCCAAGAUUUGUCUUCUUGGUGUACGGCGCGCUUGAAAUCACGUCCAAGCAGCGGAAGCCUAGCAAAUUCGGGCUGGACAACAGCGUCUUCCUCACACCCGGGUGUUAUCUGGGUCCAUUCACCUUCGAACGGCUGAACUUGUGCAAGGGGAAAGUGCUCGCUCGCUCGGCUGCAGUGCUGCUUACCUGCCCCUUCCACAAGAUCCUGGAGCUCUUCGAGGAGUUCCCUGCUGCCGGUGCAGCAGCCAACAUCGCUUGGUUCGGGAAGCGGUGCGACUUUGCCAGCGUGUUGCGCCAUGGGGUCUUGAAUCAAAGCGUUUCUCGAGGCAACAAUAACAAUAUUGUGGAAUCCGCCCAAAUUUGCCGAAUCGGGUCAGUUUGGUGGAACCGCCAGCAAACCGCCAGAGAAAUAUCAUUGGUCAAAACCAAUUUAUUGAUUCACUUUUUAUCCUAUCAUCGAGGAGUGAACUCGCGGCAACUUCACAGAGUGCGCAUUCUUCGGUUUCCUGUUAGAGUUGGCGCUGUGGGUCGCGCAGGCUAUCUGGACGCGUCGCCGCGGUAA